AUAAGAGGAGACCCGAGAUGGCCACGGCAGUCGGAGGAGCACGGAAUGCCUCCCUUACCCCCAUCACGAUCCGUUCGUCCAAUAUAUAAGUGAACCAGCGCGCCGAUGGAACGUGCACGCCACAGUCAGUCGGCGUUUCGUGUUUUGUGUGUUUCCUUCGUUUAUUUCACACGGCGGCGGAUACACCUCGGUCGCGCACGUGCCCGCGAGGACACGCGCGCGGAACGGGAGCGCGAACGCGACGCGACGCGACGCGCAACCCCUUUCGACGCGCCCGCCACGCGGCCCACGUGGCGAGCCCGACGAAUCGGCCGUUUUCAGUAUACCGCCAUUUCCUCCUCGUGUAAAAUUCACGCCGUUCCACGAGGUGGAAGCCGAAUAGCGCGCGCAGCGAAAUUGCCUUGACAAAUCGGGGCUCGAAGGUGCGGGAAUUGCUGUUAUAAUUCGUGGGACACAGUUGUCAGAGAUAAUUAGAUACUUCAAGAGCGAGAGAGAGAGACGAGUGAUACGAAAUUUUUAUUAAUAUCGGAAGAGCGAAGAGAUUCAAGGAGGAUGGAGUCGAUGAGGCUGGGAUGGAGGGUGUGCGUGAGUCUUCUCUUGGUCCCGCUGGGGACGGGGGUGGCCGGUGGCACGAGGCCCGAAGUCGUCCUCGCGGAUGUCCUCACGAGGCCCUUCGUGCCUCGCGAGUUCGCCUCCUCCGAGUGCAUCCGCGACGGCGAAAUCUACCUGAAGGCGCUCGAGAGGUACACACCCUGGGCGCUCCAAAUGUUCGACGCCUCGGUUAAAGUACCUUCGGGCCUGAUCACCGGCAAUUCCAAACAGCUGGGUAAUUUUGAUGAAUGCUUGCGAGUGAAGAACGAACACGGGUUCAUCGGGCAGGCUUGCAACGCGGAGGUGCAAUUCGAGAUCGGCGCGGACGACGGUACACGACGAAGCGAAUUGGACCUGGGGGACUUGCUCGUGAACGUCGCCAUCGCGUCGAAUGCGACGAAUUGGACCUCCGGUAAUUCGAUCAUAUACGAGUGGAUGUUUUGCGUCCCGUCUACCUGCAAUCACACGGAAAUACAGGAGGCUCUCGAGCUCGCGCUCGACCCUUUGAAAGUCGAAGGGCGUGUGGACAUGACUAUCAACGUUUUUAAGCAAUCGUGUCGCACCGUGGAGACCGUACGAACAACCUGGGACGUUGCCGAUUGGUGUUAUACAUCAAUUCUUGUGCUGCUCGCGUUGAUCAUUAUAGCCAGCACGGGGUACGACAUUGCGAUGCAACGUGCCAGCGCGUCGCAAUCGAGAGGUAUUUUUACGGCGUUUUCUUUGUACAAGAAUGGAAAAGAGCUGUUACGGACUGACAGACGUCCGGGAUCUAUCCGCUGCCUAGACGGAUUGCGUUUCAUCAGCAUAUGCUGGAUUAUUUACGGUCAUACUUAUUACAUGGAGGUCGUCGGCGUCAAAAUGGACCUCACGCACAUCCCACGUAUGCAUCACGAUUGGAACAACAUGCUGGUGCUCAACGGCAACAUUGUUACGGAUACUUUCUUCCUUUUGAGUGGGCUCCUACUCGCUUACACCGAACUGUCGAAGAAGGAACGGGCCUUAAAGUGGCGUUUCGACAUGAUAGGACUCUACGUUCAUCGUUAUGUAAGAUUAACACCGGCCUACGCGAUGAUGAUCGGUUUUUAUGCCACUCUGUUCUACAAAUUCGGCACAGGCCCGCAUUGGGACGCCUGGGUCGGUACUAACAAAGACUACUGUCGCGAGAAUUGGUGGACCAACUUGCUCUAUGUUAACAACUAUGUCAACGUACCGAACAUGUGCAUGUCCCAAUCCUGGUAUCUAUCGACCGACAUGCAGUUUGUUUGGCUGUCGCCGCUUGUGCUGUAUCCUAUGCUCAAGUUUAGGAGUCUGUUCUUAGCCAUUGUUUUGGCCGUCUGCUUGUUUCUUUCGGUCCUAGUGCCCUUCAUUACAACUUACAGUCUCCGACUAACGGGCACCAUGCUCUAUUACAAGGAACAGAUGGACGUAACCCAGGUUUAUCUGGAAGUCUACAUAAAGACAUACAAUAGAUUUGGACCUUACGUCAUUGGACUGGGCCUUGGAUACUUGUUAUAUAAGACGCGAUCUUAUAAAGUCAAGUUACAUGCUUGGUACGUGUUUCUCGGCUGGCUGCUCGCGGUCAUGGCUGGUUUAUCGGUGAUUUUCGGGCCGCGAGGCAUGUACUUCGACACUCACGUCUACAACAGGCUGGAAGCGAGCUUCUACGCCGCCUUCCAUCGCCAGGUUUUUGUACUCUCCGUCUCCUGGAUUGUCUUCUGCUGUAUGCACGGAUACGCAGGUCCCAUCAAUUAUUUACUUUCGUGGCGUGGAUGGAUACCGCUCAGCAAAUUGACCUACUGCGCUUAUCUCUCUCACUAUCUGUUCAUACUAUCACACAGCGGAGCCGUUCGAACUACCGGCAGUUUAACACAGAUGGACGUGAUGCGCUCGUUCUUCGCCAAUUUAGUAUUCACGAUGAUGUUCUCCGCGCUGUGGAGUUUGUGCUUCGAGAUGCCCUUCAUGACCGUCGACAGUAUCCUUCUUUCCGGGCGCAAACAAAACUCGCCGAAGCACUUGAAGGCUUGCAGCUCCGCCGCAUCCGGCCAAGAGAUUUGCCAGUCAAAGGAAUCUUCGAUUACGUACGACACCCCGAGGGAAUACAACGUUACCCGCUACAAUCUCAUGAAAAUCGCUAAAGAAAAUUGUGAAAAUGGUGAAGAGCACCUUAAUAACGAGGCAGAAAGGAGCGUCAAUAAAAUAUAUUUUAUUAAUCCUGUUAAACGCGACGAGACAUGGUCGGCAGUGAAUUCCGACAACAGGAGAUCCGAUUACGUAAACGUCGAUCUUGGCCGUAUUUUCGACAAGUACGGCCGACCAACAGCUAGUUCAAGUGGGAAAGAAUCAGAGUCACUCGACAGCGAUUCUGCUCACAGAGCGAAACCAAAUCAGUCCUUGAGGGAUAGUAGUUGAAGAUUAGAUGCAAUCUAGUCUACUUAUUAAUAAUUAUUAUUAAUUGUUAUGUAAAUAGUUACUAUGAGAUAAAUUGCCGUAGCCAAGUUUACAGGAUACGUAACACAUCCGUUUUUAGCAAGAGAGAAGUAAUAUAAGAGUAAAAGUGAUAUAGGGAUUUUAUAUGAGAGAACAAGUAGGUAAAGGAGCUAGGUUUUAUAAUCUAUAAUAAAUUAGAAAUAUUGAUAUAUAUAUGCAAAAACGUUCUCUAAACAGAGAAUUAAAACAACUAUAUAUUUUUAGAUAAUAAUCUAUAAGAGAACUAUUUUUUUAUUUGAUCGAUUUUGUAUUUUAUCAAUAGUGAUUAUUGUGAUAAAGCGAGAUGAUUAUUAGUAAAUAUACUUUAGAUUAUGCGUACUAUAGAAAAUAUUUGCAAAGAGAAUAUAUAUAUACAUAUAAUUAUAUAAAUCAUUGCCGAUUUAUUGGUGGCAGUUACAGUAUUAAUCGAGAGAGAGAGAGAGAGAGAGA